GAGAGAUUAUGAUAGUCAUACAGUUGUUGCUGUAAAGAAGAGGAUUACUUACAAGAGAUAUGAUGCAAUGUUAUGCAAGAUGCUUUGUACUCUUUCUGCUAAGCUGGUUACACUACUGCCAAGGAACCUCAGUAAGUGUAAUUACAGAUGAUGGAAAAGACACACUUUCUGGUUCGUACUGUCCUACUACUGUUAAACUUAUCUGCAAUGUUACAAAUGCUCCUUAUUUGCGAUGGACGUACAAUACCAGCAAAAACAUAAUUAUUGUUCUUCCCUCGGAUAGUGUAGUACACUACGUAUACCAACCAAUCCCAGCAUUUCCAUUUUACCAGUUAACAAACUUUAAUGUAUACAAAAAUCAUAUGAAUUGGACUCUGAUUAAUGCUUCAACGAUUCUCACUGUUGAUCUGUCAGAUCUGAAAAAACAGAAUAUUGAAAUUAUUUCUUGCGAUUCUCUUUUUACGAAUAAGAUAGUGCCAGUGAAUAUCAGCAUUUUGCAGCCAACAUUUCCAUCUGUUAGCCCCCAAGUUUAUUCAGCUGUGAUUGUACGUUAUGAGUCUGGACUUGUAUCUAGUGUAGAUGUAUCAUGGAGAACAUUUCAGCAACCAGAUUGUCCUGAAUAUGAAAAUUCCCAAGAAUACCUCAUCAAUGUCACUGGAUGUGGAUGGACAUGGCUCAACCAAAGUACCUGUCAAGAUACUAUUUGCUCGUCCGUUUUCAGUAAUUGUACAGAAAAAGUGAGUGAAAUUACCCUACAAGCCAAGAUCGCUGACAUUGAGAGUGAACAAGUAGAGUAUCCCACAUCUGUAGAUUACAAUAAUCACUAUACUUUAGAGUUGCUGUUAAUCAGUCAUCGAGAUGCCAAAUUUAUGUGCAGUGUUUACCCAUGAGAGGAGAUGUUAGUGAGCAUCAAAUGUGUACCAUUCGAUACACUACAGAUCCGGAUUAUGGAAAUCUAUCAAAUCCUAUCACAACUCCUGUCUCACUUUCACUUACUACUCUUGAUACCAUGUACUACUUUGAGUUCUCUGUGUUGAUGAAUGAUACCUUGUUGAUUGUGGAACGAAUAGAGUACAUGAUUACAGAAUCAGGAGAGUUGUUCCAGCUGGGUGUAAGAGAGGGCGCUAUCCUUAUUAUUGUAUCAUCAUUCUUAGGAUGCUUUAUUGUGCACACUACAAUGAUACUGUGCCUGUUAAUAGCUUGGAAUGCUAACGGUGUUCAUACAAUAUCCCGAUUGAAUGUGUUCAUCGUUACUAACAAAUGCAUUCAAAUCUCGAUAACACUGAUCCUCUUCAUGCUGUUUAUUGGAUGUAGCACUCUGUUGACAACCUUUGCGAUUAUUUCAAAUGAUGUGUGUUUCACAAACCAACAAGUUCCCAACAGUUUGCUUGAUGCAAUGUUAGUACUUUCAUGCGUUGGGAUAGGAAUCCUUCUCCUCUAUUGGGUAUUCAUAAUAUACAAAGUAUAUAAACAGCGCACUAAAGGAACCAAAAACAAGCUUGAUAUCAAUUCAAAAACAGUUCAAUAUGACGCUCAAGAGUCAUCUGAGGUGAUAAAUUGUUUUAAGAAUUAUACAUUUGCAUUUGCUAUUCAAAAGCCACCCAAUUCUCAAGAAUGCCAGCAUUUGGAAGAUAUGCAUCCUGAUGGCGUUGAGGAAAUGGUUCCAAUGCAUAAGAAGCUAUCGAACGGCAGCCAGCUAAUGACAACACCUAGUAGGAAAUGUCCACCCUCUACAAUUCCCAAACAAAGAAAGUCAGGUCAGCAUUCCAACACUGUUUUGUACGAUGAGGUUGGUUUAGCGAAAAUCAAAGGCAAUGUCUCGGAUAUGACAGAAGUUGAGUUGAAAGCUAACGAGUCUUACAGACACACAGACAAGAGGUGUUCAACUGCCAGGAGCAAUGUGGCUGCUUGUUCACUAUGUUUGUCUCCAGGCAGCAAAAUCCGUCAUCAGUACAGCGAGAUCAAAGUGACACCAAAGAACGAGCAUCCUGAACUAAAUACAAUUGAGCAAGAGCAGAUUGAGUUGAAGUCUAAUCAGUCAUAUGGUCAGCUAACAAGUGUUGUUGGUCAGAUAGGGGGAUGUGAACCACUGCACGAGUACGACUAUAUAUACGUGGACCCCUAGUAUAACGAGUUCAUCACAAGACAUUCCCUAAAGAACUGCAAUGUAGCAAACUGUAACAUUUGAGUGUAUUGCGUUUCAUCAUUAUUAUAGGUAUUAUAGUUCCGAUCAUGCAUGUUGGUACAAGUUUUAGAAUAAGAAUACGCCACAUAAAAUAACCCCUUAGAAUAGAAUUCUCUAGAUAUACAGUAUACUGUUGUAUUACCUUACCAUUGCAUUAUUUGUUGGUUUCAGACACCUAAAUGCACCAUAUACCCUCACCCCCGUCAUACGUCAAAGUUUUGCGAAAGAAAGGUCAAAUACAUCAUGGACAUGCAACUUCAGGCAAGAGAAAUGUCACACCCCAUCAUU